AUGUAAAUCAUAGAUCAAAAAGAUAUAUAGGACAGUGUGGAGAAAUACAUUUUGGACGCCGAGCAAGAUUAAAGUGAAGUAUUUGUUUUACCAAAUCAUUAAAUGAAUAUCCUCUCUAGAAAUGCUGUAGAUAAAUUGUAAGAUAACAUUUAAAGUUCCAUUAUGAAGUUAAAUCAAUUACUGAUGAAAGCUUAGGAUAUAACAUUAGAAAAUCAUAAGAACAAGGAUUUAUGCUCAAAGGCUGUAUAAGUAGUUUAGGUGGCUUCAAUUGGAUUGAUGUAAAUUUUGAACAUUAAAUAAUUGCUUGAAAACAAAGUUCUAGCUGUGGAACAAAGUGUCAGUAGUCUAAAUAUCACAUGCACAACAAAUCAAUUAAAUUAAUACUCAACAAAUUUAGUUCUUGAUUAUAUGAAUCACAUAAUUUUGGAAAAAAUUCUAGAGCUAAUUGAUAAUUUUUCAUAGCUUCAGAAAGAACAGAAACGAGGUCUUGCCAUCUAUUUAGCCAAGUUAUAAUCAUGUGUUGAAAUCCUACCUGGUGCUACAACAGUUAAACAUGAUGAUUUAUAUGCCAUACCCUAGGAUCAUUAAGAUUGGUAAAUGAUUAAUCCUUUUAUCGAAAAAAAACAAUUGGCAAGUGAUGAAUAGAUCAAGAAGUCUUAUGAAAAAGCCUCGUUUGGAGUCCUACUUGGAACUGCUAUGAUUUCAAAAGGUUCUGAAUAUAGUGGGGAAUUACAGAAAUCCUUUAUGGAGGGAUUUGGAGCCUUAUAUUAUGGAUUAAAUAAAAAAAAGAUGAAAAGCAGAGCCGAUCAUUUUCUAGUAGAAGCUAAAAAGGAAGAUGCUUUUAAGACCUGGAAUUUACCUGAAACUGGAAUAAUAAAGAAAUUCCUACCAGCCAUUUUUCCUUCAAUUUCUUUCAAUAAGAAAAUUUACAUUCCUAAAUUAUUUAGAAAGAUUACUAAAGAAUAUAUCCUUGAUUAAUAUAAUAAAGGAACAAUCAAUAAAAUAAAUAAUGAUUGUGGAGUAUUUUUCCCAGAAUAAAUGAUUACAAUUGAUGAAUUAUUAAAAAACGAUUUAAAUUAAGAUAGAGUUUAAGUUAGGCUUCUAUGCCAUGAAUCCUUGAAAUUUAAAGGAUAAGAUGGAUUUAUGUCAAUGUUCAAAAGUACCAGGGGCAAAGAGUUUAAUUUUGAUAAGAUAGUGAUUCACAUACAUGGUGGAGGUUUUGUGGCCAUGUCAUCAAGAUCACAUCAAACUUAUACUAGAAAAUGGGCUAAUAACAUGAAAGUCCCAAUCUUUUCUAUUGAUUACAAAAUGGCACCUGAUAAUCCCUAUCCUGCAGGAUUGGAUGACUGUUGGCAAGCCUAUAUGUUUAUAAUUACUUUCAUUUAGAAAUAUUUCAAUAUUGUCCCAUCUAAAGUUGUAUUAGUGGGAGAUAGUGCUGGAGGUAAUUUAGUAGCAGCUUUGACUAUCUAAGCAAUAAAGGCAGGAGUUAGAGUACCUGAUGGUAUCUUGUUAGCUUAUCCUGCACUAUCAUUAGAUAUGAAGUCUUUUACUCCUAGUUUCUUAGUGUCUCUUGAUGAUUCCUUGUUACACCAUACGGUCUUAAAAUUGUGCUUAGACUCCUAUGUGAUGAAAGAAUUUAAUCCAACAAUUGAUCCUAUGCUAUCACCUUCUGCAGUGAGUGAGGAAAUCGUGAGACUGUUUCCAAAAACUAGAAUUGUUGUAGGAACUUAUGACCCACUUCAUGAUGAAAGUUUGAGAUUAUUACUUAAACUUGUCUAAUAAAAAAAGGAUGCCAAGUUGAUUGAAUACUAAUCUAUGCCACAUGGAUUUUUAUCUUUUGAUAUUAUCAAUGGAAUGAAAGAAGCUAAACAAACUGUAAUAGAUGCUUAAAAUUGCUUGCUGGAAAUGCUAAAUUGA